AUGGCAAGAUCUAUUGGUUUCAACAAAUACAGAGUGGAGGAAUUUUUUAACAAUUAUGAAACAGUUAUGAAGAAAUAUAAGUUUUCUCCAAACGAUAUCUAUAAUAUUGACGAAACUGGUGUGACAACGGUAAUGAAAGGUGUAAAAAUAGUUGCUUCCACUGGUGCAAAGCAAGUCGAGCAGAUUUCGUCAGCAGAGAGAGGAGAACUUGUGACGUUUGUGGAAAUAGUGAAUGCUGUUGGUGGUACAGUCCCUCCUGUCUACAUUUACCCAAGGAUAAGAAAUCCAAGUGAUUACUUCAUCGAUGCGCCGAUUGGUAGCAUCGCAUUAGGCAACAAAUCUGGAUGGAUGACCACUCAACUGUUCCAUGAAGUGCUUAAACAUAUUGUCUCUCAUACUAAUUGUUCUCAAGAUAACAAAAUUUUGAUAUUGCUUGACAACCAUGAGUCCCAUGCAAGCGUUGGAAUUAUAGACUACUGUCGUAAUAAUGGGAUAGUGCUUUUGUCCUUUCCCCCUCAUACCUCCCACAAGUUGAAGCCUUUGGAUGUGGGAAUCUAUGGGUCGUUCAAGAGCAAAUGUGGUGUAGCAUUUAACGACUUUAUGCUGAGCAAUCAAGGAAAAACAAUUUCUAUAAAAAAUAUAGCACAAUUAACAAAUACCGCAUUUCUAGCUUCAUUUACACCAAGCAACAUAAUAAGUUCUUUAAAAAAAACCUGGAAUAUGGCCAUUCAACAGGCUCGUAUUCACCGUAGCAGAUUUCCAAUCUUGUUACGUAACAGACCGGCCGCCGAUUCCAGAACAAGAUCAUGCAGAUUUUGA